AUGAAAAUUCUGCGAGCAAUCUUCUUUUUCCUUUUCCUUUGCGUUCACUAUGGAAGUGCGUACAAAAUGGUGCUUUUCGUGCUCGAUAUGUCAAAUAGUCAGCUUCUGUUCAACAAAAGAGUAGCCGAAGCGUUAAGUGCUGCUGGCAAUGAUGUCACUAUGGUAUUGAUCUCUCCGCUGGUUGAUCGAGACAUAAGCGACAUUAAAAUAAACAGCAGUGUAAAAUUGCACACGGUACCGGUUUCAAUUGGCCUCUCUAAAGCAAAAAUGGAAGAGAACCAAGAAAACUAUGUAUUUAAGGUGGAAAGUGAAGGAGGAGCCAUUCAAACAGUUUCGAAAAAACUUGCAAAAUUUGUGGAAAUUUGUGGAAAGAUUCUGAAAAACAAGCAAUUCCUUGAAUGGUUGGAAGCGGAAAAAUUCGACAUAGCUUUUGCGCAUAUGUUCGACGUAUGCACUGUCGGACUUGUGCACACAGCAAAAAUACCCAGUUGGAUAUGGUUAAACAGUGGAUCUAUCAUGGAUUAUGUUGCGUAUGCUGUUGGUGUUCCAAUUAUUCCGAGCUAUGUACCACCAAUGAUGAUGGAUGUGGCAGGUGAAAUGAAUUUCAUUGAAAGAACAAAAAGCGUCAUAGGCCAUGUGCUGAUGAAGGUUUUAUGGAAAAGGUUAGUUGCCGAUCCAGAAACUGAACUGUUCCGCAGUUUAAUUCGGUCGGAUUUCCCAGACCUCGUGGAUCUCUCGUCAAAGUGUCCGUUGGUAAUGGCAAAUACCAACGAUCUGUACGAUAUGACUCGACCGUUGCUGGCCAAAGUGGUGAAUAUCGGGGGAGUUGGAAUGGAGGUUGUCGAUGCAAAGCCUCUUCCUAAGAAUAUAGAGGAAAUUGUAGCCAAGAGCGAAGGAACAGUACUAUUCUCGUUUGGUUCGGUUACGGCAGCUCAUAAAAUGCCUAUGGAAUGGAAGAAAUCAUUCAUGAAAGCCUUCAAAUCUUUUCCCAACUAUCAAUUUUUUGUGAGAUACGAGAAGGAAGAUCUUGACGAUUUUCUUCCUGGAAACGUUCAUUUAUUCAAAUGGCUUCCUCAAUCUGACAUCCUCCGACAUCCUAAAACAAAGGCUUUCAUUACUCACGGUGGAUAUAACAGUGUACAGGAGGCGAUUCUCACGGGCAUUCCAUUAAUAGCGAUUCCCCUUUUCGGUGAUCAGCUAAAGAAUUCACGUCUUAUAGAACAUCAUGGUAUUGGAGUAAUUCUGCAAAAAGCAGAAAUCUCCACUCAAACAGUGAUUGGAGCUAUAGAGGAAGUCACAGGGAAUUCACGGUAUUCAAAAAAUGCGAAACGUCUUUCGAGAAUGGUUGAACGAAAGCCAGUCAGUUCAGCUCAUCUCUUGGUGAAAUGGGCGGAAUUUGUAGCAGAAUUUCAAACGUUAGAAAAUUUGGAGCCGGCUGGAAAUAAGCUCAACUUCUUCCAGUAUCAUUCACUAGAUGUGCUUUUUAAUAAGCGUGUUGCUGAAACCCUUGCUGAUCACGGACACAAUGUGACGGUUGUUCUCAUGCAAGCGGUGGAUGACCGUGCCGAAGCAGAAAUCAAAUUCAAUGAGAAUGUGAAUAAUAUUAUAAGCAAUCAGGAGUUCCUCGCUUGGCUCCAGAAGGAGCAUUUCGACCUUGCCUUUGCUCACGUCUAUCAGGUUUGUCCAAUAGGACUCGUUCAAGUUGGUCGCAUUCCAACAUGGAUAUGGCUUAAUAGCGCGCCAUUGGUUGAAUAUGUUGCUCAACAAAUUGGAGUUCCAACAAUCCCAAGCUAUGUCCCACCACUUGCAAUGGAAAGUCACGACGUGAUGACUUUUUACGAAAGGACAAAGAGUUUAAUAGGACAUGCCAUGACUUCUUUAAUGUGGGAAAGAAUAGUUGCUAAUCCAGAAACUGAACUAUUUCGUGAAUUCAUUGAUCCAUCAUUUCCAAACCUGGCAGAUAUGGCGAAGGAAUGCCCACUGGUCAUGGUGAACUCGAACGAGCUGUACGAGUUACCCCGUCCUUCUCUCGCGAAAGUUAUAAACAUUGGAGGAUUGGGAAUGCAGCUGCAACAAAGCAAACCGCUACCUGAGGAAUUCGAAAAAAUAGCAGCAAAUGCAGAUGGAAUUAUCAUAUUUUCCUUUGGAUCCGUGGCUCCGAUCCAGAAAAUGCCUAAAACAUGGAAGAUGGCAUUUUUCAAGGCAUUCAGUAAAUUUCCAAACAUCCAUUUUCUGGCGAGAUACACGGGUGAAGACGUAAACGGAGAGUUCAGCUUGUUUCAGUGUAUUGCAAAAGUUCACAAUGAGAUCCUUCAGCGAGAAGAGAACAGUAACUCACAUGAAGACUAA